AUGGGAGGAGCCCAGCAAGAUUGCAAGAUCAGGCCUUGUAUGCUUCGAAACAGAAGCAAGGUUGGAAGAACAAGAAGUGGAAAUGAAAUGCUAAGAGAUAUAGAAACAAGUAUGAAGGAAAGAAUCCUUCAGCUCAGGGCAAGUUUGAUCAAAAUGACUAUGCUCUGGAACAAUCUAUGUCAUAUGGCAGAAAAAGGGAAGCAUGUUCAGGCAAUAAGGCUGGAAAAUGAAGAUGCAAGAAAGAAGAAGAAGAAAUACAUCAGAAAUGAGGCUCACAUGGCACAAGCAAAACAAGCAAAACAGGAAAGUGAUAGUGAUUCAGAGGUGGAAGCAAUUGUGUUGAUGACAACAAUCUGCAAUUUCAGCAACAAUGGUGAUGCAGAAACAUGGUAUUUGGACACUGGAUGUUCAAAUCACAUGACCUGUAAUCUGAAUUGGCUUGUGAAUCUUGGUAAUAGCAGGAGGUGCACCAUAAAAUUUGCAGAUAACAGUACUGUGAAGAGCAUGGGAGUUGGAAAUGUUGCUUUCAAAAGGAGUGAUGGAAGUCUAGCAAUAAUAGAAAAAGUGAUGUAUGUGCCAGAUAUGAGGUAUAAUCUGAUGAGUUUGGGUCAGCUUCUUGAAAAGGGUUUCUCAGCAUCCUGA